CUACGUCGUACAUAGUCUUGCUCUCGUCGCAGGAGAAGGAUCGACAAUCCUUCGAUCUCCCGAGGUUCGCCGUCUUCUUCACCGCCUCUCCGAUUGUUCUCCAUCCUCGCUCCGCCAUUUCCCUCUCCGUCGCCUGUCCAGCUCCGCUCUCGAUGGAGUCUCGAUCGGUGGCCAUCGACGACGCCGAGCCCGAGCAAAUCUCCGAAUCUUUCACCUGCUGCAUUUGCCUGGAACUUCUGUACAAGCCAAUCGUAUUAGCGUGUGGGCAUAUUUCCUGUUUCUGGUGUGUACAUCAAUCAAUGAGUGGUGUACACGAGACCAAUUGCGCACUGUGUCGGCAACCAUACCUUCACUUUCCCAGCAUCUGUCCGUUACUUCACUUUUUGCUGCUUAAGAUGUAUCCUGAUUCCUAUAGGAGAAGGGAAAUACAAACAUUAGAGGAAGAAAAGAAAGAGGGAACUUUCUCUCCGCAGUUUGAUGCUCUUACGUGGAGAUCAGGCGAUGAGGAACAACAAAAGUUAUCCCAUUCUUCACAAUCACACAUGAAAUGUUCGGGCCCUAACUCAUCUAUGGACACUGGGUCUUUUAGAAAUGGUGAACCCAAUGCAAGGAAGGUGCAAUCAGAGCCUGCUGAGGGUAUUGAUAGUUACGGUCCAAGCAGUCCCAAACAAGACUUGAAACUAGGACAUGAUAUAACUGUUCAAGAUGAGAAUGCACAUCCAGUUGGCUCUGACCAAAGCUGCAAGCAGAUUACUGCAUCGGAUGUGCUCUGCGCAGAAUGCAAGCAAUUGCUUUUUCAUCCCGUUGCUCUUAAUUGCGGCCAUGUAUAUUGUGAAUCUUGCAUUGUGUAUCCAGCUGAUGAAAAGCUCACAUGUCAAGUUUGUAAAAGCCGACAUCCAGGGAGAUUACCAAAAGUUUGCUUGGAGCUGGAUCAUUUUUUGGAGCAACAGUUUCCUGAAGAGUAUGCUUUGAGGAGAUUAGCUGCACAGCCUACACUGACCAACUCAGAGAAUGAUAGCCAAAAAUCUCUAGGUAAUAGCAGAGCUGAUACAGAACUAAGGAAUUCAUCACAGUCAAUUGAUACUCCGGUGACCCAUUUUGGAUUUGGCUGCGAUUACUGUGGGAUGUAUCCAAUAAUUGGGGAUAGAUACCGGUGUCAGGAUUGUGUCGAGAGAAUUGGCUUUGAUCUCUGUGGAGAUUGCUGCAAUUCCCGUUGCAAGCCCCCCGGCCGGUUCAACCAACAACAUCGACCAGAGCACAAGUUCGAACUCAAAAAGCCACAGCUCAGUUUGGUGACGGAGCGACUGGACUAUGGCUUUCAUGCUCUCGUCUUAGAUGAGGAUUCGGAAGAUACUAUCUCAUUUGGUGCUUCCACUUCACCAAGUGAUGUUCAGGAAGAUGGCGAGAAUGAUCUGUCGAUUAACUUUGUUUUUGAAGAUGAUGCAGAUUCAGAACAUCAGAACAAUUCCCAGUCUAACUCUAACUGAAGCCCCUGUCUUGGAAGCAACAGUCCCAAUUAACCGACACUUAAGAGUGCUUGAGGAUGGACAUCACACUUGAGUUGAGAAACUGAAUUUGUGGUGAUGACUAACUACAACGACACUAGCGGCUUGAGCUCUUUUGAGUUGCGGCCUCUGUUAUUUCUCCACGGCGAGGGCAGGAAGCAGAAGUCAUAGCGAGAGGGCAUUUAGUAGAAUGCAGAUGGUCGCCUCGUCAUAGAUGAAUAGUCUUAUGGAAGUCUGGAAUUUCAUAAUAUAUGGAGCGGAUUAGAUAUUCCGUGUGUCUAUAUGUAAAUGUUGAGGCGCUAUGUUGUUCUGUAACAAUGACAGAACUCACGAUACUGUACAUUGUACAUUAACGGUGAGUCUUUCCCAGAUCUGUUUUAUGCACAGCUGGAAUUGUGAUAGAGCUUCUUCAGCUUCCAUUGCAUGGUCCGGCAGAGUAAGAGCAUCUGAAUUGUUGAUCAUGUGCGUCCACCAUUGAUCUCCACUAUAGAUCUCAUAUGAUCCGAUGAUCUAAACAAAUUUGGUGCUUAUAAUUUAAAGAUCUUCGGAUAUAUCGUAUACAUACUCUAAUGACUCUGAUUAUACACUCUUUGGCUUGUUAUACCUGGCUCUGCUGGCUUC